AUACACUUGCAUAGCUUGACGCUAGGUAGGGACAGUAAGCUUGAGGUCGACAGCUUGUGUGGAUACAUUACAUGAAGUAAUACCGUAACUCCUGUGACUUGUGAUAGACUUGCUGAUGAAUAGUUUAUGGAGUUAAUAGGAAAUAUUGUGUGACAUUUUGUCAGUGUAGUCAUCAGAAGAGGAAAUAGUGAGACGCGUAUUCAUUAACCUUUAGUGUGGGAUACAAUCGUGUUGAAUGGAAAAUAGUUCUGUUCAGGAUGAAUGGCAGAUAAUGGCUGUCAUGGUCUGGUAUUGCUGAAUGCAUGAUCAGGGGGGUAUACCACAGGUACUGUGUGGAGAUGUACUGUGUAUACUGGUGUGUAUUCUGGUGAGUGCUGGAACAAGGCCUUCACGCAGGUUUCUGAAGCCGAUACACUGAGAUGUGAUUGCCUCCUGAAUUAUUGACUUGGCAUCACACAUGGGGAGUGCAGGCAGUGCACGGAACGGAUCGUCACACCUCCAGGUGUUAUCCCACAGUAAGACAGCUGCACAGAUGAUUGCCGUCACAUUUAUGUCUGCUGUAUCUACUGUUACAAAAGAUGCCCCGCAGCAUUCAUUGUGAGGUGUGAGUGAUGCUGCGUCUCUGGCGACCUCGCAACCUGUGUGACUUGAUUGAUUGAAGACUCUUUUCCUCCAGUAGUCAGGCUUACAUUUUUGCCUUUUGUGAGAAGGGGACUCUAUGCUGACUUUUGUGAGAAGGGGACUCUAUGCUGACUUUUGUGAGAAGGGGACUCUAUGCUGACUUUUGUGGGAAGGGGACUCCAUGCUGACUUUUGUGAGAUGGGGACUCUAUGCUGACUUUUGUGAGGAGGGGACUCUAUGCUGACUUUUGUGAGAAGGGGACUCUAUGCUGACUUUUGUGAGGAGGGGACUCUAUGCUGACUUUUGUGAGAAGGGGACUCUAUGCUGACUUUUGUGAGAAGGGGACUCUAUGCUGACUUUUGUGAGAAGGGGACUCUAUGCUGACUUUUGUGAGAAGGGGACUCUAUGCUGACUUUUGUGAACCCUUUGACUUGUUUGCAAGACCUGAUGGUAAAAUAAGUGCAUGUUGUUUUAUGUCUGAGCUGAAUGGACACUCACGCAACUGUGACUGACUUUUCAAGAAGAUUGUCAAUAGAACUGAAACGUGGUGAUUAGUGAUGCGCUCAGCACUCUAAUGUUUUACAUCAAUGAUUUAUAGAAGUGCAUCAUACAUACAAGACUGUUAUGUCUUCCCAGUGGACACGUUUCAGUUUCCGGAAGGAUGCCAUUGAAGCUUAAACAUUAUGGCUUCAGAGAACUAACAGGGUCAUCUGUUAGAUGUUUUACCAUGAGGACAGACUUACACUUAGAAGGAUACAAAGACUAAUAGUUUGGUUGGCUAUGUGCCGCAUAAGCAAUUAUCUGAGCAAGUUUAAUUAAGGUCAUCACAGAGAGAUGUGAUAGCUUGAUUUACCAGUCAGUGCUGUGUGUGAAGCAUUCAUGGAUGUAGGAGCAUGGGUUGUAUAUCUGUCACAGUCAUAUCAGCCUACAUCACCUUGAAGGAGGAACUAUGAUGUAAAUGACUUGAGUGCAGUCUACCUAAAAGCUUUUAUAGUAAUUUAGAAUGAAAAGACUGGCUUGAGUUACACAGCAUACUGUCAGCGCCAAACUCGAGAAACAUUGGAACUGAAAUAAUUCACCCUGACUGGUGUUAUGAAAAUUCUAAGGAGUCGGGAGUCUGAGGUGGAGAUUGAAGACAUGAAGUGUGUUUUGUACAAGCUUCACUCUCACUGACACAGAUAAAGUGGUGUUAAUAGUAGAGAUAACAUCAGCAGGGUGCUUCUAGCAAGUGGAAUUUGGAUUCUUGCAAGAUACAAGGUGGUUUUGCAAUCUUGCAAAAUGCAAGAUUUGUGAGGCUUUUUCCUGGUAUUCAGGUCUAUUUAUAUGCGAUGUAUGUUUAUGCUUGUCUACGCAGUGAAGCACUGUCAUCUUCAUAAGGAGUUUACAAGAAAUAUAAUACUGGAGGUGGAAUCAUCACUGACUGGCUUGAUGUUGAAGGCAAUAUUCUGACCAAAUACCAUCUUUCAAUGCUGAGAAGAAUCUGAACUUGAGACGACUGAGACAGAUUUGAACACAGUGUUGGAGUUCUACUGGUAAUCACUGAUUGGCUUGAUGGCAAUGGAAGUCGUCUUUUUUUAAUGUUGUUUUUAAGAAAACUGUUUGACCAACACCUUUGUUGAGAAGAAUGUGAAAGAGUUAUAGACAUAGGAAGAAGACAACUGAGACCAGACUCAGUUUGUCAUCUACCUGCAGAUGUUCAUGAACCACCAGUUGAAGGAUAUCAGGCCUGUUGAUGGGGUGUUGUGUUACUGGCAUGGCUGCUGUGUAUCUAGCUGUGUUGAUUUAAGACUAAUCUAGCACCAACUAUUGUGUGGGCUACACUCACCAGAUGGUCAGGCUCCUGUCCGCGGGAUGUUCAUCAUAUAAACUACCCAGUGUCAGCCCAGCCGACAGAGCUUCAGGCGGUGACCAGGGGCAGGUCGGGAAGAUGCCCAGAUGAUGAGGGGAAGGAUUCAGGGAUCACUUGUUUGUUUUACUCAUCACAGGACACACAUGGCAACCAGACUGUGAACUGUGAAGGCUUGUGUUUGUCUAUUGUUGAAGCUGUGUAUGAUGUAAUAACUUCUUGGACACAGAGUUCCUAUUUACCAAGGAAUGAUUCACUUGUCCAUAAACCCAUUGACGGAAAUUAUAAUCUAGAUGACUGACAUUUUGUUUGUGAAUGGUGGGCUGUGAGUUCUGUGUCAGCGAAUCUGGUGAUUUAGUAUCUGGGAGAAAAGAAUCAGGUGAAAAACUGUAAAGUGAUUGUCAAAAAUGAGAUUUAGAUGUCUGGUUCUGACAUCACGCGUUGGGCGGCCAUGCAACACAGGAUCGCAACAGCAGCACCGUUGCACUGUGUGAAACUGCCACAGUGAAGUAAAAGUAAGACUUCUUUAUGGGGGAUAAUAACGUGGAUCUUGUUACCUGCCAGGCAUGCUGACUGGAUUACCUCAGUGGAGUAUUCCAAAGGCUUGGAGAGAACAUGCAAUAGUGUGCGCUUAGACUGAUGGAUGAACCAAUGGAUACUUUGAUGUCAUACUGACGAUGGAUACUUUGAUGUCAUACUGACUUUGGAUACUUUGAUGUCAUACUGACGAUGGAUACUGUUAUGUAAAACUGACGAUGGAUACUGUUACUUCAUACUGACAAUGAAUACUGUGAUGUCAUACUGUUGAUGGAUGUCAUACUGACUUUGGAUACUUUGUCAUACUGACAGUGACUACUGUUAUGUUAUACUGACGAUGGAUACUUUGAUGUCAUAAUGAAGAUGGAUACUUUGAUGUCAUACUGUUGAUGGAUGUCAUACUGCUGAUGGAUGUCAUACUGCAGAUUGAUAGUGAGCUGGUCUGAUGACAGAGCCAUACUGUUGUCCAUCGACUUUACCCACCAGGUAGAUGAUAUAAGUAAGGCAUUUUAGCCAUUGUCAAUUGUGGACUUUCCACUUUGACAACACAGCUAUUGUUCCAUAAUCAACUCCGGCCCUUGACCCAGGUGCAUGUAACCUACAGACUCCCAUGUGAAGAAUGUUGGCAUCCUUCAGAAUGCAUAGAGAAUUUUUGUAAUGUAAUCAUAUGUUACAAAAUUUUCACAGAUUCUUAAAACAGUAUUGCUCCUUUGGAUCUGUUUGAACUUAAAUCACGGUAAUGAGGUGUUUGUGACGACAGUGGAUGUAUUCAACCUCAUCAACAAGACAUCUUCUGAUUACCUCCAGGCCUUGUUCAUCUGUGUAGGCCACUGUCAGGUGAUAAAGUGGACCAGAUUAAGACUGCUCACAAAUCAGCUUUGAUUGAAGAAAUAAAUCUUCUCUCCACAAGGAAUUCAGUGAAUGGUUGUCAAACCAUAAUUCACACUGUGUUGCACACUUGUGGUAUAAACAUUGUGAAAUAUUCCGGAAAUCUGUGUGGUAAAUCAUAAACACUUGCGUUCAAUCCAGUGGGGUAACAUACCACAUUUCAGAGGAACUCACUAACCUCACAGUUCAUGUGGAGAGAGCUGACAAUAGGAUUGUCCUGGGUGUAAAGCUGGGUUGGAAGCGGAUAUAUUGGCAUCACAGCCCCUAAUCCUCUACUGCCAAGCCUCAUCGCUGGCAACAUUAGCUGUGUUGUAGGGUAAUGUCUUCGUAAUAGAGACCAGGCGUGCAUUUACACCAUCUGAGGCUCAGGUGUGAGUGUGGUCUACGCUGACAUUUUACGCCAAGUUUACACAAGUUUACGCACAAACGUGUCCGAACGGAGGGAUGAAGAAACCCCAGCAGGACCUAGUCCGAUUCUCUGUGUGAUGUGUUUAAAUCGAUUAUCUGGUUGAAUGUUCUGUGCACAGUUUGUGGUUCAAGUGAUGGCCCAUAUGACUUGAGUUGAGAAGGAAAUCAAUAUGGAUAUAUAUCCUCAACUGUGAGCUAUGUGUUCUGAUGAGCUUCUUGACUGCAAUGUUGUGGAGAAAAUCGUAGCCUUGUGAGGAGAAGCUUGAUGAUAUAAGAGUUAUUGGAUAUCUGGUUACACUGUGUAGCUCCAGAUGAAGUGGUUCGGAUGUUUCAGUGGCCGCAGCCACAGCAGGAGGGGAACAGACCCAGUCCAGCUGCGGCCAGUCACAGAUGCCCCUCUCGGCAACCAGGAGAUUGAUGAGGAGAGACGGGGCGUGGCCUAUGUGGAGCUACAGAAGAAGGAAGGCUAUGGCCUCGGACUCACCGUCUCAGGUGGAACAGACAAAGGAUCAAGACCACACAUCUCCAAACUCCGACCGGGAGGAAUAGCACACAGGUCAGACUCGCUGACAGAGGGUGACUACAUUCUGUCUGUGAACGGGAUCCGCACGGCAAACCUGAAGCAUGACGAGAUUGUCAACCUGCUCAAGAAUGCUGGGGAACGAAUCAUCCUGGAGGUGGAGUACGAGCUGCCAGAUAUAGGUGGGACGUCAUUCAGUGUGCAGUGCAAGACAGCGGAGGUGGUGCUGGACCGGGACGGGAUGGGCUUCGGGUUCACGCUGCGUGGGGGGAUGAAGAUCGACCAGAUGAGGGCCCACCCCCUCACCAUCACCAGCAUCCGGCCCGGGGGGGCGGCAGACAGGGAGGGCUCGUUGAAGGAGGGUGACCGCAUCAUCUUCAUCAACAACUACAAGGUGACCCACCUCAGUCUGUCGGAGACCAUGGCGUUUAUGCAGCAGUGUGAGCAUGAUGCUGUCUUCUCCAUCGAGUACGACGUGGCUGUCAUGGAGUCCGUACAGAACGCCAAUGGCCCCCUGCUGGUGGAGAUUGACAAGAUGCCGGGGGCAGCCCUCGGGAUCACACUGUCACAGAGUGCUCACCAGGGGCGCCGCUGUGUCUGUGUCGAUACCAUCGCACCCAUGAGUGUGGCAGACAGGAGUGGUGCUCUUCAUGUUGGGGACCAUAUUCUGGCAAUAGAUGGCGCCAGUGUGGAACACAUGUCUGUUGCCGAGGCAACCCAGUUAAUGAAGUCUGGACCAGAGGAGCAGAUCAAGCUGGAGAUCCUGCCCGUCACACAUCUUGAGUACAAGGCAUCGAGGGAGGCGCUGACCAAAACAGCUCUGGCCAACAUCCCCGCUGCCUCCUCCCCCAAUCUGCCGCAGUUGCCGCCGUCCAUCUCCUCCUUCAAUGGCUUUGGGACCCUCCCCACCCGCAGCUACAACACCCUUGGGUCCUCAGCGUCCGCACCCUUCGGCACUCUGCCAUCACGGGGCUCGGGGCGCAGCAAGAAGAACUGGACUCGGUCGGACAGAAAGAUAUCCUCCUGCAUGUCGAUCGCCUCCAACACCACAUCCGUCCUGACCGCCAACAACCAGGUGUGUCACCCUGAGGCCACGGAGGUCAUGUUGUUCUGUGACAAGAAGGGCCUCGGGAUCACACUGGAGGGCGGCGUCUUCUCCACCGCCAUCUUGUCCGAGCCCCCUGUCAUCGCCUACAUCGACCCAAAUAGUCCUGCUGAACAGUGUGGGGUGAUCCAGGAGGGGGAUCGGAUCCUGACUGUCAACGGCGUGGACCUGUCUGACAAGACCCUGGAGGAGGUGAACCAGUUGCUGAGAGACUCGCGGCCACGGUGUAUGAUGGAGAUAGAGUUUGAUGUGGCGGAAUCAGUGACACCAAGUUCUGGAACCUACGUUGUUCGCAUUCCCAAGAAGCCCGGCGGCCUCGGCAUGACCAUCAUCGAUUGUCCCACGAGGAGUUGGGUUCAAGACAAGACUUUGACUGAUGGGUGUCCCCCGGUUAUAGCUCAGGCCCAGCGGAAGCUGGGAGACCAGCUCAUCAUCACGGGCGUCAGGAAAGGCAGUGUCUCGUACAGAUGCGGCUCAGUGCAGCCGGGGGACAAGCUCUUGGCCGUCAAUGACGUCCGCAUGGACAACUGCUCUGUCGAGGAUGCUCUAGUCCUUCUGGAGUCCUCCGAGGACAUCAUCAAACUGAAGCUCAAGAGGGAAGACCCUUACGCAGAGGACAACACAGAAGGCUGCGUGACGUACACGGUGGAGCUGCAGAGACACGGGGGACCCCUGGGGGUGACCAUCACCGGCACCGAGGACCCACUAGACCCCAUCGUCAUCUCCGAUCUCGUCGAAGGGGGACUCGCAGAGAAGACAGGUGCUAUUCACAUUGGUGAUCGUCUUUUGGCCAUCAACGGGAAACUGACCCGAGCGAAACCUUUGUCUGUGGCGAUCAACAUGUUGCAGAUGGCCGGAGAUAUCGUCACUCUCAAGAUAGCCAGGCCCAUUCUGAUUGGAUCUAAACAUCGAUUGCUGCAACUGUACGAGGGGGAGGAUAUGAAGCCGGCGACGCCCAUCCCCAGCGUGGACAGUGCUCUUGAGUCCUGGGAUAGCUCCGGGCAGGACAUUGGUCACAGUCAUCUCAAUGGUAACUCUCAGCCACUGGUAGUCGCAGUACCGCAACCCAGGAACAAGAAAAUGAUGGACUUGAUGCGACCAAUGUCGACAGACUCAGCCGGAGUCCUGGAGGGCAGUGGGGAAGGAAUGGCCGACAUGCACAUGUCAGAUGAAGACUGGGAUGACGACUCGGGCAGCAACUGUUCCAGCUUCGAACCCGACGAGUGGGCCAAAACGCUGGCCGACUUCGAGAAGGGGUCAGGCUCCGAGAUGUUGCGACAGAUCGGACUAAGUCUUCGUGAACGCAGCUGUGCCAGUUUGGAUCGUCGGUCACGUGCGUCGGACGACGAUGUAAGGAAGCCAAGAUCCCAGAGUGCUUGUCGUAUGAACCGGAGUGCCAUGUCGCAGGAUUGUAUCAGCCGGUAUAACAACUCGGGGGUGAAGUCGCGGUCCAAGGAGUCGUUGCCGGCGUCGCGCACCUUCCAGGAACACAUGCAGACGAUCUUCACCCCGAUGCCGAUACAGCUGCAUCGAGUGACGGUGGAGAAAGACAGCGCCGUGGAGGACUUCGGAUUCAGUCUGUCGGACGGCAUGUAUGAGAAGGGCGUGUUUAUCAGUGCUGUGAGGCAGGGUAGUGCUGCUCAAAGGGCUGGACUCAAGAUGUAUGAUCGGAUCUUACAGGUGAACCGUGUGAAGACGAGGGACUUCGACUGCUGUCUGACCGUGCCGCUGAUUGCCGAGGCAGGCAACAGGCUUCACAUGGUUGUGUGUAGAAACCCGCUGCUGAGACAGAAGCUGAACCAGAAGGAGUUGUACGUGACAGAGACACCCACUGCCGCCAACACCACGCAGUCUAGUGGCUUGUCUUGCAAGACAGUGUAACCAUGGCAACAGGUUUUGCAAACUGUGACUGCAGUACUCAUUGCUGUGGCAGUGAGAGAAUUUAGUUAACGUCUUCCAAUGCAUCGGCUAUAUGGAACUUUUGCAAAAAAUGUUCAGCCUGUCUAGUGGCUUGAUCUGAAAAACCAUGUAACCAUGGCAACAUGACAGUCUAUUUACCUGUGACAUCUCAUAGCUAUGGCAGCAACAUAAUCUAGUGAAGCAUCUUCCCACUGCUUUGAUCAUAUGUAACAAUUGCUGUAAGAUUCUCUGGUGAUACAACCUGCAAUAUUCUGAAACCAUUUGUUACCAUGGCAACAUGGAAAUCUAGUGACAUAUUCAGAGUAAUCGUUGUUACUAUGGCAACAGGAGCCUACUAAGCCCCCUGAAAAGCUGUGGAACAAAGUGUAACUACAGACACAGUACAACUAUUGCAAUGAGGGCAAGGUAGUUUGUCAGGCAAUACAAUCCAAUGACAGUUGUGUGAUGAGAAGUUGCCAUAGCAACAUAACGUCUUCAAGAAACAAGUCCAGCAACCCGAUAUGAUCGUGACAUUAUUAUGGUCUAGUCACAGAUACGCAAAAACAGGGUAACCACGGCAAUGUUCAUGAAGAGCCUAGUCCUGCAAGAUGAUGUGUCACCAUGACAACAGUCAGGAGUCCAAGUUCAUCAGCAUUAUAUGCGUUCCCUGCUUCCCAUAAGUGACAUAUGGAGACAUCACGACAGUGCUCUUGCCAUAGAAGGAUUUAAAAUCAGCCCAAGUGGGCAGCAUGCAUCAUGCAGUAGGUAUUAAUGGCCUCAAGUCUCCAAAUUAAAUGUUUUAAAUCCCCAUUCAGUAAGGAUAAAAUUUAUGAAUGAAAAACUUCUUUAUUGCAUUGAUCGUCCAUAAAUCUUAUCCAUACUUAGAACUCCAACUUCUUAUUGCCUCUCGGAGGCACAGGUGGCCCAGUCGUCUAAGGCGCUGGGAUUUGCUGUGCAGAGUUACGUCCCUUGGGCACACCAGGAACCUAUGAUUGUGGGUUCGAAUCCUGGUUCGCUCCAAUUAUGUUUCUGGAUUU